CUUUUAACUCCUCUUGGCUACAACACAUUGCCACAUGCUCUCAAAAGUUCUACAAAAAGAAAGAAGAAUAAAGAUGAUCACUGUCUUUAAAAAACUAUCUUGCUUUAAGAAAACAAUUAAAUCGAUGCGGCUAUUCGAAUCCAGGUCAUCACUAUCGUCUUUGUCUUCUUCAUCUUUCACUCCUCAGAGAUUCGACGUCUUUCUAAGCUUCCGAGGCGCAGAUACUCGCAAGAACUUCGUCAGUUUUCUCUACAAGGAGUUAGAGGCGAAAGGGAUUCGGACUUUCAUGGACGACAAGGAACUGGUGAGAGGCCGUGCGAUUUCACCGGAGCUUCGCCAAGCCAUCAAAAGCUCGAGAUACGCCAUCGUUGUCGUCUCUGCGAAUUACCCAGCUUCCUCCUGGUGCCUCGAAGAGCUCAGAGCGAUUCUGAAACUCCACGAGAAGGGUUUGCUCACUGUGAUGCCGAUCUUCUACGAGGUUGAUCCGUCGCACGUGGGGAGACAGAUCGGAGAAGUCGCGAAACAAUUCAAGAAGCACGAGAAGAGAAAUAACAGAGACAAGGUCAAAUCUUGGAGGAGUGCGUUGACCAAACUGGCUGGUCUCUCUGGCGAGUGCUCAAAGAAUUGGGAAGAUGACUCGAAGCUGGUCGACGGAAUCACUGAGAAAAUAUCAAAGAUGAUGUCCUCAGCAACACCAAGCAACGGUAACAGCCUAAUUGGGAUUGAACAGCACAUGAACGAACUGUAUCCAUUGAUGGAUCUCAAUUCAAACGAAGAAGUCCGAGUCGUUGGGAUUUGGGGAAGAGGAAGCAUUGGCAGAUCAGCACUCGCUAGACACGUUGAGGAUGAUUCGAUGCUGGUCGACAAAAUCACUGAGAAAAUAUCAAUUUCGAUUACUGAAACAAGAACAAGCAAUGGAAGCAACCUAGUGGGGAUUGACGCACACAUGAAAGCCCUUUCACGGUUAUUGGAUUUGAACUCGAAGAAGAGUGUGAGAGUGAUCGGGAUAUGGGCACGAGGAGGCAAUGGCAGAUCGGCUCUCGCUAAACACGUGUAUCGAAACAUCCGUCAACACUUCGAAAGCCACUGCUUCCUGGAAAACGUGAAAAGGAUCUCUCAGGAUCGCCACAUGUCGCAUCUGCACGACGAGAUCCUGGUGAGGAUUCCAGGAGAAUGCUUGAGUCUCAAGAACCAAAGGGUUCUGCUUGUGGCAGACGACGUCGAUAAGCUUGAGCAGUUGGAUGCUCUUGCAGAGGAUUUCAACUGUUUUGGUCCGGGAAGUGUAGUCAUCAUCACUACACAAGACAAGCAGCUGCUUCAUUCUUUCGGGAUAAAGCUUGUCUACGAAGCAGAGCAUCUGAGGUUCCUGAAAGUUCGUGAACUCUUCUUCAGACAAUUAGCCUUCAAAAAGAGAGACAUCUCUGCUGCCUUCGGAAGGGCAACGAAUGUUGCCAUGGAAUUGUUGGGUUGUCUACGUGUUAGAUCUGGUUAUCGGAAAGUGUUGGAAUCAGUUUAUUAAGCUAAAAUCCCUGAAAAAUUAAGUUAAGGGAGCAUCACUAAACUUAGUAAGUAAGAUGUGGCUUAGAAAUAGGAAUGUUUUGUCUAUUUUUGGAGUGGGUUUCUGGUGUGUAGAAGAAUUGUUGUUCUAGAUUGGAGUUGAUGAUAUACAACUUCUUUUUUUCAAGAUUGGUUUUUGAUGUGUAAGUUUCCACAUGCCCAACAAAUUUGUAGAGAAGAAGAUCUAAAGUUCCAAACUUUCAUCAUUCCUUGAAGGAAAAAGAAUAAAGAAAAAUAGUUCUAAGUUCCAACCUAAAAUGACUAACAUGAAAGAAUGAAGAGGAAGAUCCCCAAAGCGUGAAAGCUCUCAUCUUUUUACUUUCUCUCACUGACACUUACGGUUUCAGAAAGACCAACAAUGGAUCAGAGCGAGGUGUGUUGUUCUGUACAGCUUAUCGACGGAGAUGGUGUAUACAACGUCUCUGGCAUCGAUAGUUUCAUUAAGGAGGUGAAACUUGGAGAAUGUGGCCUCUCUUACGCUGUUGUCUCCAUUAUGGGUCCUCAAAGCAGCGGGAAGAGUACACUAUUGAAUAAUUUGUUUGGAACAAACUUCAUGGAGAUGGAUGCGUUCAAGGGAAGGUCUCAGACCACAAAAGGUAUCUGGCUUGCAAGAUGUGCCGGUAUAGAGCCUUGCACACUUGUAAUGGAUUUGGAGGGCACAGAUGGAAGGGAGCGAGGAGAGGAUGAUACUGCAUUCGAGAAACAGAGUGCUCUGUUCGCUCUUGCUGUCUCAGAUAUCGUCUUGAUCAACAUGUGGUGUCACGAUAUUGGCCGUGAACAAGCUGCUAAUAAACCUCUCUUGAAAACUGUCUUCCAGGUUAUGAUGCGAUUGUUUAGUCCACGUAAAACAACAAUGCUCUUUGUAAUACGAGAUAAAACCAGGACACCGUUGGAAAAUUUAGAGCCUGUCUUAAGAGAAGAUAUUCAGAAGAUAUGGGAUUCUGUUCCAAAGCCUGAAGCACACAAGGAAACUCCUCUAAGUGACUUCUUCAAUGUUGAAGUUGUUGCUCUUUCCAGUUACGAGGAGAAGGAAGAACAGUUUAAAGAGCAGGUUGCGAGUUUGCGACAACGGUUCAUGCAUUCUAUUGCACCGGGUGGUCUUGCUGGAGACAGAAGAGGAGUGAUCCCAGCCUCAGGUUUUUCAUUUAGUGCAGAUCAAAUCUGGAGAGUCAUUAAAGAGAAUAAAGAUCUUGACCUUCCCGCCCACAAGGUCAUGGUGGCUACUGUGCGGUGCGAAGAAAUUGCAAAUGAGAAGUUUGCACAUUUCAUUACAAACGAGCACUGGCGGCAACUGGAUGAGGAGGUGCAAGCUGGUCCAGUUUCUAAUUUUGGAAAGAGGCUCACUUCUAUUCUUGGUUCUUGCUUAUCAGAAUAUGAUGGUGAGGCUACAUUCUUCGAUGAAGGUGUCAGAUCUUCAAAGAGACAUCAGCUUGAAGAAAAGCUUCUCCAACUUGUGAAUCCAGCGUUUCAAGAUGUAUUAGGACAUAUAAGAUGCGGAAUGCUUGAGAAGUUUAAGGCUUCUUUUGAUAAGGCUUUAGACAUUGGUGAAGGGUUUUCUUCAGCUUCAAGUGCUUGGUUCAAGUCUUGCAUGACUCAAUUCGAUGAAGAGUGCGCAGGUGCCAUCGUUGAACAAGCCAAUUGGGACACAGCUAAAGUGCGGGAGAAGCUUGUCCGUGACAUCGAGGCUCACAUUUCCUCUGUGCGGACGUUCAAGUUAUCUGAACUUACCAGUAAAUACGAGUCAAAGCUUCAUGAAGCAUUGUCAGAACCGGUGGAAGCUCUGUUGGAAGGAGCGAAUAAUGAAACGUGGACUGCAGUAAAGAAGCUUCAUCAGCGUGAAACUGAAUCUGCUGUUUCUGGAUUCAGUGGUGCAUUAGCUGGUUUUGACAUGGAAGAAGAAACAAGAGAUAGAAUGGUGAAGAGCCUUCAGGAUUAUUCAAGAGGUGUGAUAGAAUCUAAGGCAAAGGAAGAAGCUGGAAGGGUUUUGAUGCGUAUGAAGGAAAGGUUUGCUACAAUCUUCAGCCAAGAUUCUGAUUCAAUGCCACGUGUUUGGACGGGAAAAGAGGAUCUUCGAGCGAUUACUAAAUCAGCUCGAUCUGCUUCCUUGAAGUUGCUCUCAGUAAUGGCUGUGAUCCGGUUGGGCGAUGAACCUGAUAACAUCGAGAAGACACUAACUGUUUCUCUCUUGGAUUCAACAAAGAAUGAAACUUCUACAAAAAGCAUCACAUCAUCUGAUCCACUGGCUUCAAGCACUUGGGAUGAGGUUCCAUCAUCAAGAACUUUGGUCACACCGGUCCAAUGUAAAUCUAUAUGGAGACAGUUCAAGUCAGAAACAGAGUAUACAGUGGCUCAAGCCAUAUCUGCACAGGAGGCGAAUAGACGUGGUAGUAACUGGUUACCCCCUCCAUGGGCGAUUCUUGCAUUGAUCGUACUUGGAUUCAACGAGUUCAUGACUCUUCUAAGGAACCCUCUCUAUCUCGGAGUCUUAUUUGUCGCUUUCCUUCUCGUGAAAGCCCUAUGGACGCAACUGGAUAUCCCCGGCGAGUUCCGCAACGGUGCACUUCCAGGGAUCCUAUCGAUAUCCGCAAAGUUUGUUCCCACGGUCAUGAACCUUCUCAAGAACCUUGCUACGGAAGGCCAAACUCCUCGCGCAGCUAAUAAUCCACAGAAUCAUCGUCCGAACAACGACGCUUCUUCAAAUGCUUCCUCAUCAGAAAAUCCUCAAGAGCACAAAAGUUCCUCAAAGACGGAUUAAGAGGAGAGUAACAAAGAAUAUUCCUACUCUCCAAAGGUUUGAUCUCCAAAUACUUGUGUUUUUACUUGCUUACUCAUGAGUAUAAAACGCUGCGUUUUAGGAUCCCCUUUUUUUUUUGCUUUGUUGUAGAACUUUUCUUUGUACAACACACAACAAAUUACUUAAAUGCGUGGUAGCAUGAUUUGAAUCGGU